GCUGCACGAACACUGAGCAGCUGAAUAUAAUAAUAUCGUGUAUUCAGUUUAAAUUAUUGAUUUUAGAGUAGAUUAUUAUUUAAGACAACAUGGGGGACUCCCUGGACGGGAGCGAGAGUGCCCCAGAGGCGCAGAAUGUCGUCGUGGUCGACUUCCAAGACUUCGCAAAUUAUCUGCGGCGAGCCGCAACGGUACUUUUGCCUGAAGACGACAUUGUACCACCGGCGCUGAAUGCCUCUCUCGAGGAUAAAGUGAACCAAGACUGCAUUAGGAAAUUCAUUUCCGACCCGCAAGUGUCUUCUCUGUAUGUUCAACGGUUCUCCUCAAAAGAAGAUGACAAUGAGCAGCCCACAGAGGGAGAGGAAGAAAAAGAAGCUGUUACCUACCAGAUCAGCACUGAGGUACACUUCACCUCACCCCGAGUGGCUGCCUUUGUGUGCAUCAAGAGAGGAGCAGUCAUUGAAGCUGACAAGUCCAUCCACAGUCAGCUUCGUCUCAUUAACCUGUCCGAUGGCUCGCCAUAUGAGACCCUGCAUGCUUUCAUCAGCAAGACCAUGGCUCCGUUCUUCAAAAGCUAUGUCAAAGAGAGUGGGAGAGCUGACAGGGAUGGAGACAAGAUGGCGCCAUCUGUUGAGAAGAAGAUAGCAGAGCUGGAGAUGGGCUUGCUGCAUCUGCAGCAGAACAUUGACAUUCCGGAGAUCACCCUCCCAGUGCAUCCCCUUGUGGCUGCCGUCAUUAAAAGGGCGGCGGACGAGGGUCGAAAACCACGCGUGGCUGAUUUCGGUGACAAAGUGGAAGACUCCACAUUCCUUAACCAACUCCAGAACGGCGUUAAUCGCUGGAUUAAGGAAAUACAAAAGGUCACCAAAUUGGAUCGCGAUCCCUCCAACGGGACCGCGCUGCAGGAGAUCUCAUUCUGGCUGAAUCUGGAGAGAGCCCUCCAUCGCAUUCAGGAGAAACGAGAGAGCAUCGAGGUGGCUUUAACUCUGGAGAUCCUGAAAUACGGCAAGCGCUUCCACGCCACCGUGUCCUUCGAUACGGACACCGGGCUCAAGCAGGCGCUGGCCACCGUCUCCGACUACAACCCCCUCAUGAAGGACUUCCCUAUUAACGACCUGCUCAGCGCUACCGAGCUGGAAAGGAUCAGAUUGGCGGUGCAGCAGAUCUUCUCGCAUCUCCGCAAGAUCCGUUCCACGAAGUACCCCAUCCAGCGCGGCCUGAGGCUCGUCGAAGCUAUCUCUCGAGAUCUCGGACAACAACUCCUGAAGGUACUCGGCACGCGGCGCCUCAUGCAUAUUCCGUUCGAGGACUUCGAGCGAGUCAUGACACAGUGCUUCGAAGUAUUCUCUUGCUGGGACGACGAGUAUGAAAAGCUACAGGGUCUAUUACGUGACAUUGUGAAGAAGAAGCGAGACGAACACCUCAAGAUGGUGUGGCGAGUGUCUCCCUCGCACAAGCGGCUACAGGCGCGUAUGGAGCACAUGCGCCGCUUCCGUCGCCACCACGAGCAGCUGCGGACUGUCAUGCUCAGGGUGCUCCGCCCCCGCGCCAACGUGGCGCUGGAGCCGGCGGCGGGCGAGCCGGCGCAGCCGCUGUCGCUGCCCAUGGACGCCGCCGACGCCAACGCCAUCGCCGAGGUCAACCUCGCCUACGAGAACGUUAAGGAAGUCGACUGUCUCGACAUCUCGAGGGAGGGCUGCGACGCUUGGGAAGCGGCUGUGAGGCGAUAUGAAGAUAGGAUCGAUCGCGUCGAGACCCGCAUCACGGCCCAUCUCCGCGACCAGCUCGGUACAGCCAAGAAUGCGAACGAAAUGUUCCGCAUAUUUUCCCGCUUCAACGCUCUUUUUGUGAGACCACAUAUCAGGGGAGCUAUAAGGGAAUACCAGACCCAGCUCAUACAGAGAGUGAAGGAUGAUAUCGAGGCUUUGCACGAGAAAUUUAAGGUUCAAUACCCUCAAUCGAAGUGCAGCCGCCUGUCUCUGGUGCGUGACUUACCCCCGGUGGCUGGGUCCAUCAUUUGGGCCAAGCAGAUCGAUCACCAGCUCACCGCCUACUUGAAGAGAGUGGAAGAUGUUUUGGGUAAGGGAUGGGAGAACCACAUUGAAGGGCAGAAACUGAAAGCCGACGGUGACAGCUUCCGUCUUAAAUUGGACACCCAAGAAGUCUUCGACGAUUGGGCUCGUAAGGUACAACAACGCAACCUCGGCGUGUCCGGGCGCAUCUUCGCGAUCGAGUCCGUGCGCGCGCGCUCCAGCAAGACCGGCACCAUCCUCAAGCUGAAGGUGAACUUCCUGCCGGAGAUCAUCACGCUCUACAAGGAAGUGCGCAACUUGAAGAAUCUCGGAUUCAGAGUGCCUUUAGCUAUUGUUAACAAGGCACACCAAGCGAAUCAACUGUACCCAUUCGCUAUAUCUCUCAUCGAGAGUGUGCGUACUUAUGAGCGCACCCUAGAGAAGAUCCGCGAUAAAGCAUCCAUAAUCCCCCUGGUGGCCGGCCUGCGCCGCGACGUGCUGAACCAAGUGUCGGAGGGCAUGGCGCUCGUGUGGGAGUCCUACAAGCUGGACCCCUACGUGCAGAAGCUCAGCGAAGUGGUCCUGCUGUUCCAGGAGAAGGUGGAAGACCUCCUAGCGGUUGAAGAGCAGAUCUCGGUAGACGCACGUUCACUAGAGACGUGCCCGUACUCCGCGCAGAGCCUCGCCGAGAUCCUGGGGCGGCUGCAGCGCGCCAUCGACGACCUGUCGCUCCGGCAGUACAGCAACUUGCAUCUGUGGGUGCAGCGCUUGGACGAGGAGGUCGAGAAGAGCCUAGCGGCUCGCUUGCAAGCCGGCGUGGAAGCUUGGACGGCGGCCCUCCUCGGCAAGAGCAACGAGCUCGACUUAUCCAUGGACACUUAUUCCCCCGCCGAGCCCACGCACAAACCCGGCGGAGAGCCCCAGAUCGCGCGCGUGGUGCAUGAGGUCCGCAUCACCAACCAGCAGAUGUACCUGUUCCCGUCGCUGGAGGAGGCGCGCUUCCAGCUCAUGCGGCAGAUGUUCGCGUGGCAGGCCGUCGUCACGAGCCAGCACCGCUUGCAGAGCACCAGAUACCAAGUCGGCGUAGCUCGGGCCCAAACUGCGACAUACAGAAACUUGCUCACCAAGCUACCGGGCGCGGCGGCCCCGCUCGAAAAUGCCUACGACGCUAUUGAGCAGAAGAUAUCGCAGGUCCGCGAAUACGUCGACGAGUGGCUGCGUUACCAAGCGCUGUGGGACUUGCAACCCGAAACGCUGUACGGUCGCCUUGGUGAAGACAUCACUUUGUGGAUCAAGUGCCUCAACGAUAUCAAGAAAUCCCGCACAACCUUCGACACGUCCGACACCCGUCGCGAGUACGGGCCCGUAGUGAUCGACUUCGCGCGCGUGCAGAGCAAGGUCGCUCUAAAAUACGACGCGUGGCACAAGGAGGUGCUCGGCAAGUUCGGCGCGCUGCUCGGCGGCGAGAUGGUGCACUUCCACGGCCAGCUCGCCAAGUCGCGCUCGCAGCUCGAGCAACAGACUAUCGAGGCAGCCUCCACCAGCGAUGCGGUAUCCCUGAUUACAUACGUGCAGCAACUCAAGAGGGAAGUGCUUGCUUGGGAAAAACAGGUCGACAUAUACAGAGAGGCGCAGCGCAUCUUGGAACGGCAAAGAUUCCAGUUCCCAGCGCAAUGGCUGCACGUUGAUAAUAUUGAAGGAGAGUGGAGCGCGUUCAAUGAAAUCAUGCGUCGAAAGGAUUCGUCUAUUCAGACCCAAGUCGCAUCUCUCCAACAAAAGAUCGUAGCCGAAGACAAGGCAGUCGAGACUCGUACUCUAGAGUUCCUUACCGAGUGGGAGCGAAGUAAGCCCACCGACGGCUCAACUCGGCCCGAAGAUGCUCUUGCCAGGCUCCAGGCUAUGGAAACGAGAUACACCAAGCUGAAGGACGAGAGAGACAACGUGGCUAAGGCCAAGGAGGCUUUAGAGCUGCAUGAUACAGGAAGCUCGGUGAACAACGAGCGAAUGACAGUGGCGCUAGAGGAGCUGCAAGACCUGCGCGGCGUGUGGGCCUCGCUCAGCAAGAUCUGGACUCAGAUCGACGACAUCCGCGAGAAACCGUGGCUGUCGGUGCAGCCUAGGAAACUUAGGCAACAGCUGGAAGCCAUGCUUAAUGAGCUCAAAGAACUGCCAGCGCGUCUCCGCAUGUACGACAGCUACGAAUACGUUCGCAUACUGCUGCACUCUUACACCAAGGUCAACAUGUUGAUCGUCGAGCUGAAAUCCGACGCACUAAAAGAGCGUCACUGGCGCCAGCUGUGCCGCGCGCUGAAGGUGGACUGGUCGCUGUCCGAGCUGACCCUCGGGCAGGUAUGGGACGCGGACCUGCUGCACAACGAGCACACCGUCAAGGACGUCGUGUCCGUCGCUCAGGGGGAGAUGGCCCUCGAGGAGUUCCUCAAGCAGGUUCGCGAGUCAUGGCAGAGCUACGAGCUGGACUUGAUCAACUACCAGAACAAGUGCAAGAUUAUCCGCGGCUGGGACGACUUGUUCAACAAAGUCAAGGAGCACAUCAACAGCGUCGCUGCUAUGAAGUUGUCGCCUUAUUAUAAAGUAUUCGAAGAAGAAGCUCUAACUUGGGAAGAGAAGCUCAAUCGUAUCAACGCGCUGUUCGACGUAUGGAUCGACGUGCAACGCCGCUGGGUGUACCUCGAAGGCAUCUUCAGCGGCUCGGCCGACAUCAAAACUCUGUUGCCCGUUGAGACUAGCCGCUUCCAGAGCAUCAGUUCCGAGUUCCUGGGGCUGAUGAAGAAAGUUAGCAAGUCGCCGAUGGUGAUGGACGUGCUGAACAUACCGGGCGUGCAGCGCUCGCUCGAGCGACUGGCUGACUUGCUGGGCAAGAUCCAGAAGGCGCUCGGAGAGUAUCUCGAGAGGGAGAGGAGCAGCUUCCCCAGAUUCUAUUUCGUGGGAGACGAGGACCUGCUGGAAAUCAUUGGCAACAGCAAGAACAUCGCCCGCCUGCAGAAGCACUUCAAGAAGAUGUUCGCUGGCGUCGCCGCCAUUAUUCUCAACGAGGAUAACACGGUCAUUAACGGCAUCGCGUCGCGUGAGGGCGAAGAGGUGUACUUCCUAUCGCCCGUCUCCACCGUAGAGAACCCCAAGAUUAACUCGUGGCUGUCUAUGGUCGAGCGAGAGAUGCGCGUGACCUUGGCGUGCAGACUUAAAGAUGCUGUUGGGGACGUCAAGCAGUUCAAAGAUGGAAACGUGGACCCUCAGAAGUUUAUUGACUGGUGCGACAAAUAUCAGGCCCAAAUCGUAGUGCUGGCCGCCCAAAUCCUGUGGUCGGAGGACGUGGACGCGGCGCUGUCCGCGGGCGGCGGCGACGGCCUCAGGAAGGUGCUCGCGCACGUGGAGAACAUGCUCAACAUCCUCGCCGACUCCGUGCUGCAGGAGCAGCCGCCGCUCAGGAGGAGGAAGCUGGAACACUUGAUCAACGAGUUCGUCCACAAGCGAACAGUGACGCGUCGGCUGAUCGCCUCCGACGUGAAUAGCGCGCGCUCCUUCGAGUGGCUCUGCGAGAUGCGCUUCUACUUCGACCCCCGGAACAAUGACGUUCUUCAACAACUGACGAUCCACAUGGCGAACGCUAAGUUCCUGUACGGUUUCGAGUACCUCGGCGUGCAGGACAGACUCGUGCAAACCCCGCUGACUGACCGCUGCUACCUGACCAUGACGCAGGCUCUAGAAGCCCGUCUUGGAGGCUCGCCGUUCGGGCCUGCCGGUACUGGCAAGACUGAGUCGGUGAAGGCUCUCGGCAACCAGCUCGGUCGCUUCGUGCUUGUCUUCAACUGCGACGAGACCUUCGACUUCCAGGCCAUGGGCCGUAUCUUCGUCGGUCUGUGUCAGGUUGGUGCCUGGGGCUGUUUCGACGAGUUCAAUCGUCUGGAGGAGAGGAUGCUGUCGGCCGUGUCGCAGCAGGUGCAGACCAUCCAGGAGGCGCUCAAGAGCCACCAGGAGGGCGACAAUACUGCCAAAUCCAUAACCGUGGAGCUGGUCGGCAAGCAAGUGCGCGUCAGCCAAGACAUGGCCAUAUUCAUAACCAUGAACCCUGGAUACGCGGGCCGCUCCAACCUUCCUGACAACUUGAAGAAGUUGUUCCGCAGUUUGGCCAUGACCACACCGGAUAGGCAGUUAAUCGCUGAAGUCAUGUUGUUCAGUCAGGGCUUCAGGACUGCUGAGAAGCUGGCUUGCAAGAUUGUGCCGUUCUUCAAGCUCUGCGACGAACAGCUGUCGAACCAAUCGCACUACGACUUUGGUCUGCGAGCUCUCAAGUCCGUGCUCGUGUCGGCCGGUAACGUCAAGCGAGAUCGCAUUCAGAAGAUCAAAGAGAAUCUAAUCGAGCGCGGCACCGAAGUCCCCGACGAGGCGUCGAUCGCGGAGUCGCUUCCCGAGCAGGACAUCCUCAUCCAAUCCGUGUGCGAGACCAUGGUGCCGAAACUAGUGGCGGAGGACAUACCGCUACUGUUCUCGCUGCUCAACGACGUGUUCCCGAAUGUUGGCUACACCAGGGCUGAGAUGACUGGCCUGAAGAACGAGAUCCGUACGGUUUGUGCUGAAGAGUUCCUGGUGUGCGGCGAAGGCGACGAGCAGGGCUCCACCUGGAUGGAAAAGGUACUGCAACUAUAUCAGAUCUGCAAACUGAACCAUGGUCUGAUGAUGGUCGGGCCUUCCGGCAGCGGCAAGUCUACCGCGUGGCGCGUGCUGCUCAAGGCUUUGGAAAGAUUCGAAGGCGUUGAAGGCGUAGCUCACGUGAUAGACCCUAAGGCGAUGUCAAAGGAGACUUUGUACGGUGUACUGGACCCCAACACUCGCGAAUGGACCGAUGGACUGUUCACGCACAUCCUCAGAAAAAUCAUUGACAACGUCCGCGGUGAAAUCAACAAGCGCCAAUGGAUCAUAUUCGACGGCGACGUGGACCCCGAGUGGGUGGAGAACUUAAACUCUGUGCUUGACGACAAUAAACUGCUCACGCUGCCCAAUGGCGAGCGUCUGUCGCUGCCGCCCAACGUGCGCGUCAUGUUUGAGGUCCAAGAUCUUAAAUAUGCUACCCUUGCUACGGUCUCGCGUUGCGGUAUGGUUUGGUUCUCACAGGACGUACUCACUACCGAAAUGAUCUUCGAAAACUAUUUGUUGAGACUGAGAAACAUUCCCCUGGAGGACGGCGAAGAAGACUCGUUCAGCAUCGUGAUGGCCGCUCCGGCGGCGGGCGGUGAUCAAAACGCUACCGAAAACAUCCUGUCUCCAGCUUUACAGACUCAACGCGACGUGGCCAUGAUUCUCCAACCUCUGUUCUUCGGCGACGGCUUAGUUGUGAAAUGCUUCGAACGCGCUAUCUCGCUCGAUCACAUUAUGGACUUCACUCGGCAUCGGGCGCUGUCCUCCUUGCACUCCAUGUUGAAUCGCGGUGUUAGGAACAUUCUUGGCUACAACCGGCAGCAUCCCGACUUCCCAGUAACAAACGAACAGUUGGAAGCGUACGUGCCCAAGUGGCUCGUCUACUCCCUUCUCUGGUCCUUCGCUGGUGACGCUAAGCUAAAGGAUCGUAAUGAGUUGGGCGACUUCAUAAGAUCUGCCAGCACUAUGCCUCUACCUAACUGUGGUCCCAAUCAACACAUCAUUGACUUCGAGGUGUCGAUCACCGGGGAGUGGGUGCCUUGGUCGGCCAAGGUGCCGCAGAUCGAGGUGGAGACGCACAAGGUGGCGGCGCCCGACGUGGUGGUGCCCACGCUGGACACGGUGCGCCACGAGGCGCUGCUCUACACCUGGCUCGCCGAGCACAAGCCGCUCGUACUAUGCGGGCCGCCCGGCUCCGGUAAGACCAUGACGCUGUUCUCUGCGCUCCGUGCGCUGCCCGACAUGGAGGUGGUCGGGCUCAACUUCUCCUCCGCCACCACGCCUGAGCUCCUGCUGAAGACCUUCGACCACUACUGCGAGUACAGGAAGACGCCUAAUGGAGUUGUGUUGGCGCCUGUGCAGCUGGGCAAAUGGCUCGUGUUGUUCUGCGACGAGAUCAACUUGCCCGACAUGGACCAGUACGGCACGCAGCGCGUCAUCUCCUUCCUGAGGCAGCUGCUAGAGCACAAAGGCUUCUACAGAGCGAGCGAUCACUCAUGGGUCCACUUGGAGCGCAUCCAGUUUGUGGGCGCGUGCAACCCGCCGACGGACCCGGGCCGCAAGCCGCUGUCGCACCGCCUGCUGCGGCACGUGCCCGUCAUCUACGUCGACUACCCCGGCGAGACCUCGCUCGAACAGAUUUACGGAACGUUCACCCGAGCCAUGCUGCGUAUGCAGCCCGCUCUUCGCGGCUACGCAGAACCUCUGACCCAAGCCAUGGUCAAGCUGUACCUCGCUUCACAGGAACGCUUUACGCAAGACAUGCAGCCGCAUUACGUGUACUCGCCCAGAGAGAUGACCAGAUGGGUGCGAGGCAUCUGUGAAGCUAUCAGGCCUCUUGACAACCUGAACGUGGAAGGUCUGGUGAGACUGUGGGCGCACGAAGCUCUGCGUCUCUUCCAGGAUCGAUUGGUAGAAGAGUCCGAAAGGCAGUGGACCGAUGAGAACAUCGAUACUGUUGCUAUGAGGUUCUUCCCAGGUAUUAACCGCGAGCAGGCAUUGGCCCGCCCCAUCUUGUACAGCAACUGGCUCAGCAAGGACUAUGUGCCGGUAGAGAGGGAUCAACUGCGUGAAUACGUCAAGGCCCGACUAAAGGUGUUCUACGAAGAAGAGUUAGACGUACCGCUCGUCCUCUUCGACGAAGUGCUGGACCACGUUCUUCGUAUCGACCGUAUCUUCCGUCAGCCGCAAGGGCAUCUGCUGCUCAUCGGUGUCUCCGGCGCUGGCAAGACCACGCUCAGUCGCUUCGUGGCCUGGAUGAACGGCCUUAGCAUCUUCCAGAUCAAGGUGCACAACAAGUACACGGGCGCGGACUUCGACGAGGACCUGCGCUCGGUGCUGCGGCGCGCCGGCUGCCGCGACGAGAAGGUCGCCUUCAUACUGGAUGAGUCCAACGUGCUCGACAGCGGCUUCCUAGAGCGCAUGAAUACUCUACUGGCCAACGGAGAGGUGCCGGGCUUGUUCGAAGGCGACGAAUUCGCAGCGCUCAUGACGCAAUGCAAGGAAGGCGCGCAGCGAGAGGGCCUGAUGCUCGACUCCAACGACGAACUCUACAAGUGGUUCACUGGACAAGUGAUGCGCAACUUGCACGUUGUGUUCACGAUGAAUCCCUCCUCAGAGGGACUCAAGGACCGUGCCGCGACGUCGCCCGCUCUGUUCAACCGUUGCGUGCUCAACUGGUUCGGUGACUGGAGCGAUGGAGCCCUAUUCCAGGUUGGCAAGGAGUUCACGCUGCGCAUGGACCUGGAGUCGGCGGAGUACGUGCCGCCCGAGCUGUUCCCGGCGGCGUGCGGCGAGGUGGGCGCGCGGCCGGCGCACCGCGCGGCCGUGGUGAACGCGUGCGUGUACGUGCACCAGACGCUGCACCGCGCCAACCGCCGCCUCGCCAAGCGCGCCAACCGCACCAUGGCCAUCACGCCCAGACAUUAUCUCGAUUUCAUCCAGCAAAUGGUGAAGUUGUACGCCGAGAAGCGAGCGGACUUGGAAGAGCAGCAACUCCACUUGAACGUGGGUCUCGGGAAGAUUGCCGAAACCGUGGAACAGGUCGAAGAAAUGCAGAAGAGUCUCGCUGUCAAGUCACAGGAACUACAACAAAAGAACGAAGCCGCCAACGCCAAACUGCGGCAGAUGGUUAAAGACCAACAAGAAGCCGAGAAAAAGAAAGUCGAGAGCCAGGAAAUUCAGGUCGCUCUAGAGAAGCAAACCAAGGAGAUCGAAGCGAAACGCCGCGACGUUAUGGCGGACUUGGCGCAGGUCGAGCCCGCUGUCAUCGAGGCGCAAAACGCGGUCAAGUCGAUAAAGAAGCAGCACCUGGUGGAAGUGCGGUCCAUGGGCAACCCGCCGGCGAUCGUCAAGGUGGCGCUAGAGUCUAUCUGCUUGCUGUUGGGCGAGAACGCGACGGACUGGAAGGCCAUCCGAGCCGUGAUCAUGCGAGAAAACUUCAUCAACAGCAUCGUCUCCAACUUCUCUACCGAGGACAUAACUGACGAUGUCCGCGAGAAGAUGAGGACCAGAUAUUUGAGCAAUCCCGACUACAACUUCGAGAAGGUCAACCGAGCCAGUAUGGCUUGCGGGCCUAUGGUGAAAUGGGCUAUCGCUCAGAUCGAAUACGCGGACAUGUUGAAACGCGUGGAGCCGCUCCGCAACGAGCUGCGCGCGCUCGAGGACCAAGCGCAGACCAACGUGACGGCCGGCGACGAAGUUCGCGACCUGAUCGCGCAGUUGGAGAAGUCCAUCGCGAGUUACAAGGAGGAGUACGCGCAGCUCAUCAGCCAGGCGCAGGCCAUCAAGACCGACUUGGAGAACGUGCAGGCCAAGGUGGACAGGUCCAUCGCGCUCCUGAAGAGUCUCGUGAUCGAACGCGAGCGCUGGGAAUCAAGCUCGGAGACGUUCCGCUCGCAGAUGAGCACCAUCGUCGGAGACGUGCUGUUGUCUGCCGCCUUCAUCGCGUACGGCGGGUACUUCGACCAGCAUUACCGUCAAAAUCUAUUCUCGACGUGGACCGCCCACCUGGCCGCGGCCAACAUCAAGUACCGCGCCGACAUCGCGCGCACCGAGUACCUCAGCAACCCCGACGAGCGGCUGCGUUGGCAGGCCAACGCUCUGCCCACCGACGAGCUGUGCGUCGAGAAUGCCAUCAUGCUGAGGCGCUUCAACCGCUAUCCACUCAUCAUCGAUCCAUCAGGCCAAGCGACCGAGUUCAUCAUGCGCGAGUUCCGAGAACGCAAGAUCACCAAGACGUCGUUCCUGGACGACUCCUUCCGCAAGAACCUCGAGUCGGCGCUGCGGUUCGGCAACCCGCUACUUGUGCAGGACGUGGAGAACUACGACCCGAUCCUGAAUCCGGUGCUGAACCGCGAGCUGCGCCGCACGGGCGGCCGCGUGCUCAUCACGCUCGGCGACCAGGACAUCGAUCUCAGUCCCUCCUUUGUCAUCUUCCUCUCCACCAGGGACCCAACGGUGGAGUUCCCGCCGGACAUGUGCUCGCGUGUGACGUUCGUCAACUUCACGGUGACUCGCUCCUCGCUCCAGUCCCAGUGUCUCCACCGCGUGCUCAAGGCUGAGCGGCCCGACAUCGACACCAAGCGCUCCGAUCUGCUCAAACUGCAAGGCGAAUUCCAUCUCCGCCUGCGCCAACUGGAGAAGUCUCUGCUGCAAGCACUCAACGACGCCAAAGGCAAGAUCUUGGACGACGACUCGGUCAUCGCUACGCUCGAGACGCUCAAGAAGGAGGCCGACGACAUCGGCCAAAAGGUUGAAGAAACUGACAAAGUUAUCGCUGAAAUCGAGACAGUCAGCCAGCAAUACCUGCCUCUUUCCCAAGCAUGCAGCAGCAUAUACUUCACGAUGGAGUCGCUGAACCAAGUCCACUUCCUGUACCAGUACUCGCUGAAGAUGUUCUUGGAUAUCUUCAGCUCGGUCCUCGUGUGUCCGAUGCUUAACGGCGCGUCGGACUACACCGCCCGGCUUAGCAUCAUUACUGAGGAACUGUUUACGGUGGUUUACGAGCGCGUAGCCCGCGGCAUGCUGCACACGGACCGCCUCACGUUCGCCCUCCUACUGUGCCGCAUCCACCUGAAAGGAACCGGCGCCGAGGACACCUUAGACCAGGCCUUCGCCACGUUCCUGCGCGGCAAGGAGGGCUUCGUGUCGCACUGCGCGCCGCUCGAGCCGCUCACGCAGCAGCAACACGAUGCCGCUGCGAGGCUUAGCUCUAGACUGGUGGCGUUCAGGCGGCUGCUGGAGAAGGCGGGCGAGCUGCCGGAGCUGGCGGCGUGGCUGGCGCAGGCGGCGCCCGAGCAGUGCGUGCCCACACUGUGGGACUCGAGCCCCAGCGCGCCGCCCGCGCCGCACACGCUCGCCAUGUACCGCCUGCUGCUCAUACAGGCGUUCCGGCCGGACCGUGUGAUCGCAGCAGCCACUCAGCUGGUGGCCGCCGUACUGGGCGCCGGUUUCAUGGCUAAGGCCGAGACCGAGUUCGACCUCGCCUCCAUCACCGAGCACCAGCUAAACGCCACCACCCCUGCGUUGCUGUGCUCCGUGCCCGGAUACGACGCUAGCGGUCGAGUGGAUGACAUGGCGACAGAGCUGAACAAGCCGCUGUCGAGCAUCGCCAUCGGGUCCGCGGAGGGCUUCAACCAGGCCGAGCGCGCCAUCAACACCGCCUGCAAGACCGGCCGAUGGGUGAUGUUAAAGAACGUGCACCUCGCGCCGGUGUGGCUCGUGCAGCUCGAGAAGAAGCUCCACUCGCUGCAGCCGCACCCGGCCUUCAGGCUGUUCCUCACCACGGAGAUCAGCCCCAAGCUGCCCGUGAACCUGCUGCGCGCCGGCCGCGUGCUCGUGUUCGAGCCGCCGCCCGGCAUCCGCGCCAACCUGCUGCGCACCUUCGCCACGGUGCCCGCUGCUCGUAUGAUGAAGCCUCCUUCAGAACGCGCGCGUCUCUACUUCUUGUUGGCGUGGUUCCACGGCAUCGUCCAAGAGCGGCUCCGCUACGUGCCACUGGGCUGGGCCAAGUACUAUGAGUUCAACGAGUCAGACCUGCGCGUGGCCUGCGAUACUCUCGACACCUGGAUUGACGCUACGGCUAUGGGCCGCACCAACCUGCCUCCCGAGAAGGUGCCAUGGGAGGCGCUAGUGACCCUCCUCUCGCAAUGCAUCUACGGAGGCAAGAUCGACAACCUGUUCGACCAACGGCUGCUGCACUCUUUCCUGUGCAAGUUGUUCACGCCAAGGUCAUUCGAAGCGGACUUUGCUCUUGUCGCUAACGUCGAUGGGGCGAGCGGCAACCAGAGGCACAUCACCAUGCCCGACGGCAACCGGCGCGACCACUUCCUCAAGUGGAUCGAGGAGUUGUCCGAUAGGCAGACUCCGUCCUGGCUCGGCUUGCCCAACAACGCUGAAAAGGUUUUGCUGACAACGCAAGGCAGCGACCUGGUGUCGAAGCUGCUGAAGAUGCAGCAACUGGAGGACGAAGAGGAGCUCGCAUACAACGCCGCUUCGCAGGACGACAAUGCGUUGGUGGUGGAGGGCGACGGCCGCCCGGCUUGGAUGAAGUCUCUCCACCAAACAGCCACUGGAUGGCUGCAGCUCCUGCCUGAGAAACUACCGACGCUGCGCCGUACAGUGGAGAAUAUCAAAGACCCGCUGUACCGCUUCUUCGAGCGUGAGGUCGCCGCCGGAGCUUCGCUGUUGGCUCAAGUGCACCACGAUCUCAGGAACGUGCUCGCUAUCUGUCAGGGCGAGAUGAAGCAGACGAACGAGACGCGGUCGAUGGUGGGCGCGCUGGUCCGCGGCAUGCUGCCGGCCGCCUGGAAGCGCUACGCGGUGGCGCGCGGCUGCACGGUGCGGCAGUGGGUCGGCGACUUCGCGCGCCGAGUGCAGCAGCUCGCCACCGUCUCCGAGUGCGUGGCCACGGACAAGGGCGCCCGCCGCCUGCAGAGCAUCCCUGUGUGGCUCGGAGGUCUCCUUAACCCGGAGGCGUACAUCACGGCCACCCGCCAGUGCGUGGCGCAGGCUAACUCGUGGUCGCUUGAAGAACUACACUUGCAGGUGACGAUACCGGAACCGGGCACGGAAGCCGCGGACGCGACCGAGUGGUCGUUCCAGGUGACCGGGCUCAAGCUGCAGGGCGCCACGGUGAAGGGCAACCGGCUGCUGCUCACCAACACCAUCAUGGUGGACCUGCCGCUCACCGUGCUCACGUGGAUACGGUACGUGUUGUAUCCUCGUAUUUCAGCGCUGACGCUGCCGGUGUACCUGAACAGCGCGCGCUCCGAGCUGCUGUUCACCGUGCGCCUGCCCGUCGCGCCCGGCCAGGAGCCGCACGCCUUCUACGAGCGCGGCGUGGCGCUGCUCACCUCCACGGCGCUCAACUAG